AUGGAUAAGCCUCAGCUUCACGACGUGGGCAAUGGACAUGAUCCUAGCCUUCGCCUGUGGACUGGGCCUCUUCCACCUGUUGAUACACUUCUUCCCACUCACCUCACCCUCAGCUGCAGAGGGCGCCACCACCACCACGAAAAGGCUUACAGAGGCUACAGCAGGAAGAGAGGGAAGGAUGACAGGGGCCUGCUUUCGCUCCUGCAGAGGUGGCCUUUCCUGCUCAGCUUGUCCACCUCCUGGUGCCGAAUGCUCCAAGCUGCAACCUUGUGUCCUGUCUCCUGCAGCCUGCUUACUGACACCAUCAGCUUUUGCCAGCUCUUAAGAAGAGAUGCCUCACCUCAAGGAUCCAGACCAGAAGCUGCCGAAGACCACCAGCCACCUAGGCAUUCCACAGAGCAGUCUAUGGACGCCUUGCCUCUAGCGGACUCCUUCCCUCUGGUCAAGGGACACUUGCUGCACAAAGAUUCAACCUUGUCACCUGUCCUGCUAAAUUCCCUUACUUCCUUGCCCUGUCCCAUGGCGAACCCCCCAGGCCUUGAGCACUCAAAAAUGUCUCCUUCAAGCUCGUCCUGGUACAAGGCGGCUGCCAGGACCUGGUGUCAUUCUAAGUGGUCACAGGAUGAGGCCCUGCAAGAGGAUCUCCAUUUCAGCUUCCAAGAGGCCUCAUUGUGGACAGACCCUGGAUACAGGCAGCUAGAGGCUGGAGAACCCCCGUUCAUCAAGCCUGAUGUGCAGAAGAUACUGGAGCUGCAGAUUAGCAAGAGGGUGGAACUGAAGCUGUGGAAAGAGCAAGGAAGAGAGAGCUUUGACCACGCCUUGAGCUGUGUGGGUGAUAUGCUGCAGUCCUGGAGCAGCGAGCAGGCCAUCACCUGCAAGUCAGAGCAGCUGUCAGGUCUCCAUCAGCUCUUUUCCCCCAGGGUCUUAUGGAACAAGUCUCAGAAGGACUGCAGGCAGCUUUACUGGGGCCUCCCCUUUCUUCACAGUGAGUCCCUUAUGGCUACUGUCAGCAUGGUGGGCUCACCACUCCACUCCCCUGCCAUCUUUUUCAAUGAACUCUCCCCUUACAACUUAAGACAAGCUGAGAGGAAUGCAGCUCCACUGCUCUUCUCUCCAAAGCCCUUGCUUCAACACUUGGUCCCUUCCAAUCCUUUGACUACAAACGUGCCGUGCCCCCGUUCUCCACCAGGGUCUGGAGUCAAAACCCUGGCCCCUGACCCAACCACCCUCCCAAGCCUACAACCCGAUCCACCUCCAACUAAGGAUUCCAGGGCUUCUUGUCCCAUAGAUUCAAGACCCCAACUUAUUUUCCCAGUUGCUGUUCAACACCUAGAUCAGCACCUUUUGAAGAAGAACCAAGAAAGUAGGAGCGAUUUACCUAGUGUAGUGAAAAUGUCACAGGAAGUCACUCAUCAACUCAUUUCCACCAGUUUAGCUUCCCAGGGACAAGACUCUGUUCUCCACCUCCUGAAGGAUUUCACUGACCCCCAGCUCAAAGAGCACCUGGAGCAACACUUAAAAACCAGGUUCUGGAAACAUGAGGACCAAAAGAUCCAGCUAUCUACUUAUCUCAUGAAGUCUGAGGACAAACUCCCAGGGAUAGGUCAUGUAGAAGACAAUCGAGGGACUUCAUGUUCCUCAGCACUGGCAGGAAAAAGCAGCCCCCAUGCACAGAGGGUCUCAGCAAAAGGUCCAGAGAUACUCCAGACAGGGAAGGACCCAUGUUGUGAUCUGACAAACAGUCCGGGAAGACCUCUGAGAGAUACUCAUGGGAUAACAGAGGGAUCCCUGGGUACAGUUCUAGAGCCGGUCUCUGUGACAGAGGUGGACAACUCUGUGAGACAGCCAAGAAGUGACUCAGCAGGUCCCCAGCCAGGAGGACCAGGAGAGCAGCAGCUACAAGACACACAGAGGAACCACUUCAGUGAGCACAGCCAUGACAAUGACAGUAUGGUGCCUGUGGGCACUUGUCCUGGAAUUCCGGGGGACCACAUGGUGGUCCCUCCUGAAAAGUCAGAGACCCAUAUGGACAACUCAGAAAUUGAAAAACCAGAAACAAAUAUCGAAACGGAGAAGCAGAAGUCAUUGAAUGAUGGGUCCACCUUCAAGGAUACUUCUACUGGGCUUCCCUUGCUAGAUCCUGACGUGCAGCAGGUGCUGGAAACUCAUCUUUCAAGACACCUGGUGAGGCACAGAUGGAUCUUGCCCCUUAGAGUCCUCAGGGUCCUACAACUCUUCAAUGUGAACAAGGCUGUAGCUUUGUCACUUCCACAACCCCCAAGUCCCUCUCAGACUUCUUUGAAAUCUAGGGAUGACUCCAUUACAAAAAUUGCUGCUGUCCUGGGAGACCCUUUCCAGAAAGGUUCAGAAGGAGAUCUGAAAAGAAAAACAGUUUUCCAGACUCAAACCCCUCCCUCUGCCCUCAUCCUUGAAUUUCCAAAUGGAACUCGUCCUAGUGACAAAUUAUGCCCCCCUAAGGCCCCUUUAAAUGUCCAGAAGAAUGGUGUGGCUUCCUUGUAUAGGACAUGCCGCCUUGUAAUCAGAGAUCGGCACAGCGACACAGUUCUAGGACCUCGGAAUGACAACCCAGUGCCAGGGUCAAACCUACUCAAGAGUGACCAUGCCUCACAGGAGAGUAAGGGUGCAGAUUUAGACCUCUCCCAUGGGCUGUCAGUUCAGGGGACCAUUGUGGACGCCUCGCCAACAACUAGCAGAGAUAAAAGGGAGCUGGAGGAGGAGGGGUCCUGUGACGGGGCACUCAAUGCAGAAGCCAGGGAAAUGUCACCCACUCAGAGUAAAGAACAUCUGAAAGGUACAGAAUCCCUGAAAGUCAAUGAAAAACAGUCCCCUUCCAGAGCCAUUUCCCAGGAGCCAGAAGAUUCUGUUACUGCUGUCUUCCUGCAGGACUGUAGCACUGGCAUGAUCUUUCAAGACUGUGGCCCAGAGGUCCUGCUGGAGGCAGAUCUCCUAGCCUCUCAGGCCUCACAGUCAGGCUUCAGGACUAGGUCCACUACCAGCAAAACAUCCUCCAGGGACAUGGACCCUUACUUUUCAAGAGGAGGGAAUGUGCCCAAGAAUAUUAAAUCUGAAGAACUAUGGACUAGCCAUAUCUAUGAUCUAACUGAAUACAAAGAGGGCUUUAGGGGCCCCAGGCAAGAUAGACACCUUUCACAGACCAGACCUGCCCAAGCCUGCUGGUCAGAUACUCAUGAAAGCAAUUCCUCCCCUCUUCCAGACAAGACAUUUGGGGACAGGAUAAAAAGUUUUAUGACACACAUUAUGUCAAGUAAAAGUAAAGUGCAGGAGAACUCCCUGCAAAAACACAAGGCCUCAUCAGCCACUUCCCUAAGUCAAGGCUCAGUCAUGAGCAGGGUGUUUCUGCCCCCACAGGUAGCUGAGGCUCAAGACUUCACGAUUCGGUCAGGCCUAUUCUCCAGGAGAAAGUGGGGGUUGGCCAUGCCAGGACAGCCUCAAAGAAAAGUUUGCACAAAGAACCACCCCAGGCUCCUAUGGGUAGGCAUGUCUGCCUCCACAGGACUGCCACUGCAGAAAGACACGAAACACAAGGAAACACUCCCAAGGUACACAGCCAACCUUCCCCAGACAAAUGGAUGGACUACACCUGCCAGGCCCAGCUGCUCAGAGACUCUGUGA